AUGGUAUUAGGAGGUGAGGCCUUUGGGAGGGGAUUAGGUCAUGGGGAUGGAGCCCUUGUGAAUGGGAUGAGUGCUGGUCCUAUAUUAGAGAUUCCCAAGCAAGAUUUUUUUCAAGAAGCAAAAACUCUUAUUGCCCAACAUUAUGAGAAAAUAAAUGAGAGUAAAGUUCAAGGUACUUCUAUAAAUGUUUUUAGAAAUAAACAUCAAAAACUGAAAUCUAGCAAAUUCAUACCUUUGGAGAUUAAAAAAAAGGAAACACUCGAUGUGGUCCAAGAACUUCAGGUAGUGCACAAAAGGAUUUGUUUUGCCAAAGACUAUUCCAGAAGUGGGCCUUCUGAGGAGCCUCCACAACAAACUUCUUUCAAGGAGCCACACAUUUUUAAAGUAAAACAAAAAUGCAAGGAGGCUGUAGAUCUAAUUGUGACAGAGCAAGUUAAACUGGGUAAAAUAGUGACUAAUAUUGAAUCAGUAAGUAAAAAAAUGGAGAAAGAAAAGCAGCAGCACCAUGGAAAGCCCAGAAACAGGACGUUGGACUCAUUUUGUCCCUUCCCCAUUGUCAACCAUGGUUUGCACUUAAGACCCAUGACCUCUCCCAUGGGGCUUCUGAAAGAAAAUGACAGAGCAUUGUAUGAUUGGAGAGGAGUUGUGUCAAAAAGGUUUUCCUGUUUGGCUCGUGACUCCAGUUGGCCUACUUUCUCUGAAUCAUCAGUGUUUCAGGAUUAUUAUACUGGCACCUUUAAAACCUUCAUGAAAAAAGAACAACAGUCUGUCAAGCCCGAAUCAAAGCCACAACCCAGUGUAAAACCGAUUCCAAGUAAAAGUGAUAAAUUUGGCAAUAAAGUUAAAAGAAUUGGACCACACAUAGAAAUCUUCCAAGUGUUCCGGAGAAGGAAAAAAUUAAUAACCAAAAACAUAGUUAAAAUGAUCACCGUCAUACAGGCGCUUAUCAGAGGGUGGCUUGAACGCAGAAGAUUCCAAAGAAUAAUGACCAAGGCUUUGUAUCAUGGACCAGAUUUGAGAGCAGUUAUAAACAAGUAUUGCAGACUAAUCUACCGUGUUAAAUAUCGACUUGGUCUUUGGAGGACAAGACAAAUUAUAAACCUUGCAGAGCUAGAGGAAUGGAUGGACAGAAAAAAAUUCUAUGAAACAAUGUUUGCUAAAAGGGAAGACUGGCGAGGAUUAGGAAGAAGUGAGCUCCUUAAAUUCUUCAACGACUGUGGUCAUUUCCCAACCCAGCAGCAAACUGAUGAGGUUUGGGACCUGGUCCACAGAGAAGACCGUGAAAAAUACUCUGAAAUCACCAAGAAAUCCAAUGCAAUUGAAAUGUUAUUUACACUCUACCCUCCUCAAGGUGCCCAUGUGCGUAAUAAUAAUUGGCUUAGGUCAACUUGGCUGAGACCCAUAGUAAAUGGGGAAGAAGGAUAUAAGUAUAUAGUGAGUGGACAUCCAGUACUCAAAAGAGCUAACAUCCGGAUUGUCGGAAAGUUAGUGGCCAGAUCUAUGAGAGAAAGGAAAAUGAGACAACAUUAUUUAUCGUGA